GAAGGUCCGGGGGAGGGGGGAGCGUCCCAGCGCAGGAAAAAGUCCAGGCGGUGACGCGUGACGGGCAGAGCAGUGCCGGCCGCCCUGAGAGCACAGCCCCAUGCAGUGCCCCGGAGCCUCUCGCCCACCUCCGCCGCCCACCGUGGUCCCCACGACCACCGCAUGUUCCGUUCACGCCGUGCUGGGCUGGUGCGGAGGCUGUGGCGGCAGCGCUGUGCAGCAGCCAGCCCCGAGGAUGGCCCCGGUGCCCUCAAACCAGCCGUGCAUGCCCUCUUCAAGAAGCUGAAGGAUGAGGAGCUGGAGCUGCUGCUGCAGGUGGUGGAGAGCCGGGGUGCCUGGGAGUCUGGCUGCGUUUUGGCACCACGGGGGGACCCACGAGGGGUCAAGCAGGGACUCCCCCCUCAAGUCCUGCUCUGUCGCCUCUUCCGCUGGCCUGACCUCCACCAGUCCCACGAGCUCAAGCACCUCUGCUACUGUGCUGGGGGCCAGGGAGCCUGCGGGGACUUGGCUGGGCUGUGCUGCAACCCCCAUCAUUUCAGCCGCCUGGCCGUACCUGAAACCCCGCCACCGCCCUACUUGAAGGCAUCCCGUGGUCCCUCCUGGCCAGACGAGCCCCAGCUCAUGGAGUUCAGCUACGACGGUGGGGACUGGUGCGACACCAGCCUCUCGUGGAGCACCAUCAAGGAUGGCUGUUGGUGCAAACUGGCUUACUGGGAGUACCGGACGCGCGUGGGCCGCCUCUACGCCGUGCACGAGGCGUCGGUGAACGUCUUCUGCGAGCUGCCCCGGGGCAGCGGGUUCUGCCUGGCCCAGCUGCCCGCCGCCUACCGCAGCUGCGCCGUCCGGCGGGCGCGGGGCAAGAUCGGCCGGGGGCUGCUGCUGAGCCAGGAGCCGGGCGGCGUCUGGGCGUACAACCGCAGCGAGCACCCCAUCUUCGUCAGCUCGCCCACCCUGAGCCCCCCCGGUGCCUGCGGGCUCCCCGUCCUCAAGCUGCUGCCUGGCUACUCGGCAAAGGUGUUCGAUUAUGAGUGGGCAGGGGACAGAGGGGGCUGGCAGCUGCCUGGGGAGGGACCCUGUGACCCCCACAGUAUCCGCAUCAGCUUUGCCAAGGGCUGGGGACCCUGCUACUCCCGGCAGUUCAUCACCUCCUGCCCAUGCUGGCUUGAGGUCCUGCUGAGCCAGCCACGCUGAGGCUGGGCUUGGUGGGGGGGGUGCCAGGGAGCUCCCCCCAAAGCAGGUUCACAAGCUGGGGGGCCCUUCUACUGUUCCUCAGCCUGUGUCUUCCAGCCAGGAUCGUCCUGGCUCUGGGGACUCUGUGUCUCUGUGCUGACUGGAUGUGGUACCCCUCUUGCAUGGUUCACCACCUUGCCAGCACCUGCUUCCCCCAGCCAUGGGGCUCUCAGUGAUACAGGGCACUAUUUAAUAUUUUUAAAAUAUUAUUUUAAUGUUUAAGUUUAUAUUAAUUUAUCUAUUUUUGUAAAAAAAAGCAGAGCAUGAGGCAGGAGUCCCCAUUGUCAGGGCCAGGCUUGGGGGGUGGCAGCCAAGGGCCGGUGAGGAUGAGGAGGAGCAGGAGAGAAGGGAGGUGAGAGGGAGUGGGGAGGAGGGGGGAAGCUGUGGGCCAAGGUGUCACUGCAGCCAAGGGAGUGAUCUGGUACAGCUGGGGAGGGUGGGGCAGGUGAGCACAGCUGGAGUGUGGGGCAGGUUGGAACAUCUGGGUAGGUGUGGGGCAGGUUGGAACAUCUGGAUAGGUGCAGGGCAGGUGCAAUGGGGGGGCAGGGGCAGGUGAGCACCCCUGGAGUGGGGACCGGUUCAGGGUUACCCAAGCUAGGUCCCAGGCCUGGGGGGCUCCUUCAACCGUUCUGGCAGCAUGGGGGAGCCCCGAGCGAGCGCAGCCGAGGGGAUCCCGGAUUGCCCGAGUCGCGUCUGCUGUUUUUAACCUAAAUAAACGGUGCCACCGGCACCAAGAGAC